AUGUUCUGGCUGCUGAGUUCCCUCUUAUUUGUGGCUCUUGCCUCAGGCCACGUCCAAACUGCCUACAAGCCCGGGAGCCGAGUUGUCAAUUGUGAGGACGCGGUCCCCUACAGCUGGCCCUGGCAGGUCUCCCUGCAGUAUGAGAGUAACGGAGCCUUCUACCACACCUGUGGCGGCACCCUCAUCGCCGAGGACUGGGUUAUGACAGCAGGUCACUGCAUCUCGAGCUCUCAGACCUACCGGGUGGUGCUGGGCGAGUAUGACCGGUCUGUGGAGGAGGGCUCGGAGCAGGUGAUCCCCAUCAACUCUGACGACCUCUUCGUGCACCCCAAGUGGAACUCCAACUGCGUGAGCUGUGGCAAUGACAUCGCCCUCAUCAAGCUCUCGCAAAGUGCCCAGCUGGGACACGCCAUCCAGGUUGCCUACCUCCCUGCCGCUGGGGACAUCCUGCCCAACGAGGAGCCCUGCUACAUCACUGGCUGGGGCCGUCUCUAUACCAACGGGCCACUCUCCAACAAGCUGCAGCAGGCCCUGCUGCCCGUGGUGGACUAUGAGCACUGCUCCCAGUCGGACUGGUGGGGCUCGAGCGUGAAAGAGACCAUGGUGUGUGCUGGUGGGGACAUCUGCUAUAGCUGCAAUGGUGACUCUGGAGGACCCCUCAACUGCCCCGCGACAGAUGGCACCUGGAAGGUCCAUGGUGUGACCAGCUUUGUUUCCUCCCGUGGCUGCAACACCCUCAAAAAGCCCACGGUGUUCACGCGUGUCUCAGCCUUCAUCGACUGGAUUGAGGAGACCAUAGCAAGCCACUAGAAGCCAGGCCGGCUGGCAGUGCUGACCCCACGUCCUUCAGAAAGAAUAAAGAUCUCUUGAAAAGCC